GUCGAAGCUCUGGACCUUCCUGGUGGUUUCGCUGGAGGAAAAACAAGCAGACGACAGCUGGCACUUUAUUGCAAACGUUCUAUUUAUUUACGGCUUCUAAAGGUUAGCUCUAACCUUGCAUUAUUUCCUGAUUAAUCAACGAGCGAAUCAAGUUCAUUAACACUGAAAUUGCACGCUUCGGGGGAUGGAGCUGCGCCAAAUUUACUGAGGCUGCUGAUGUCAUUACGAUUAAUCCACACAUGAGUCGUGAGAGCCCAGUAAUGAUGUCAACCACUAAUAUCAAAGACCUGUUCGACGAGGCCCGCUGCCCGGAUGGCUGGAAAUUUGUUCCUCUUUUGGUCUAUUUUCCAUUUGGAGUGAUGUUGGCCACAAUUCGCCUGUUCAUCAGCCUGCAAAUGCUUCUAGCAGCCUCAGCCUUCCAAAACGUGGCCAUUGUGAAGAAGUUUAUCCUGAAGAUGAUGUGCAACAUUCUCGGGGUCAUCAUUAGGGAAGACUUCACGGAGCUGCGCUUCAAAACACAGGCCGCCCCCAUUUUGGUAACCAACCAGGCUACCCCUGUAGACCCUCUGGUGUUUCACGUAGCCACUGGGUGCACUACGGUGCCAAACCCUGAGGCCCCGGCCGCCCUGAAUUGGCUUAUUGGGGCGCACAACAUCAAUAUCAGCCAGGGCUUCCAACAACUCACCAGGAUUCUGCAGGAGUGUCCAUCCAAGCAGACGUCCAUCUUGCUGCAACCUGAAGGUGCCACCACCAAUGGAAAGGUUGGAUUGCUCAAGUUCCAAGAGGGCUACCUGGAAGGAGUGAAAAAGGUGCAGCCUGUUGCUAUUCAAAUAUGGAGGCCUCCAACAGCGUCCGUUUCCCCUUGCGUUAUUGGCUCGCCCUGGUGGAUGGAAAUGCUGUGGAUUCUGUUUGUUCCUUGCACAGUCUUUUGCUUGAGAUAUCUGCCUGCCAUCGUUAAAUCAGAAAAAGAGAGCACUGAAGAAUUCACCAAAAGGGUGCAGGGCGUCAUUGCCACCAGACUGGGAGUUCAGGCCACCAACUUCACUCUUGGUGACAAAAAAGAGCUUGAAAAGCGACUGGUCAUUACUCCUGUCCGGCAACAGGAACAUAGAGUUGCUCAGCGGAACGCUGAACUGCAGAGAAUGGUUGCACAGGUACGUGAAGUGUUGCCCUACGUGCCAGCUGAUGUUGUCCGCAAGGAUCUCUUCCGCACCAAGAGCGUUGACAUCACAAUUUCCAACAUCCUCGAGGGUCACAUUUCCUUUGUGCCUGUCUUGCCUUCUACGCCCGUAAAGUCUCCAACGGCCGUGGCUCAGAAACCAGCUGACCAGCCCAGCAGCAGUUCUACUUCUUCAGUUGCACCUCCUACCACUGCUUGUGGAGGGGAAAGCAACACACUGAAUACAGCAGCAUCCACUUUUCCAAAGUCGGCUGAAGAGAGGUCCAUGUCUUUCAAAGAGCGCAAAACGAGACUGGUCGAGAAUGCCAGGCGAAGGUACAUCGAGAAGCAUGGACUCAAAGAAUUUGGAUUUUCUGCAUCAUGAGCUGUUUAAUUGCUAAAUGAAAAGUGAUUUGUGGCUGGCCAGAGAUUGCCGACAAAUUUGUGAAAUAAUUGUCAGUAAAUCACAUAUGGAAUUUUAGCUGAAUCAAAUUUAUAAAUAUUCUGAUUAUGUUGUUUAAGAAUUUCAAAAUUGAAAUCACUAAUAUAUAGUGUACUUACCACAUAAUUUAAGUACCACGUUUAACAGUUUAUUUCCCUUUGGUUUAUG